AUGAGAAUCUUUCUGAAUAACACCUUCGCUUUGAAACUGUUCGCGCUGGUUCUGUCUAUACUACUUCGUGUUAUCGACGGAUUGCAAACGAUUUUGUCUUACGAAGCGGAAAACUUCGUCCAGGAACAAGCUACUGCUGCUCUUGCAGAUGCGAACGAAUUGGAUACUUAUACAAACUUUAUUUACUGCAUGUUCAAGGACGUUGUUUACGAUUACGAUUCUUUGAAAUUCCGUGUGCUAUUUUACAGACAAUGCAUAUUAGCAGGGCGUAUAUUCUCUCGAGUUGUGGAUAUCGUCAAUCGGAAACUUGACAAGUAUAAACAUACCCCGUUUUCAAACACGGAUACUAUCAACAAACUUACCCACCUUCAACAUGUGCUAUUCACUACAAACAAAGUGUUUGACAGGCUUACUUAUCGUGCAAACAACAAUGUAUUUGUAAUCCGCUGGAUGAUUAUGUUUCCCAUAAUGCUUGUCGUGCGACUGGCACUUUCCCCACUGUUGGAAAAACCAAAACUUAAUAAGCUUAAAGAACCAGAAUUGCUGAACUCUCUUAACGAACCAUUUAGAUUUCAGAAACGCAAACGAGUUUAUCGUACAAUCCUUCAACUGACACAAAUUUCUGGUUUCUAUAAAUCCUCCUAUUUUAAACAGCAUGUACAGCUUUCUCAAGUUUUCAACAAAGCCUCUGUGUUAGGAGAGAAUGAAAGCUCGCACUUGCUAAUAGCACACUCUCCAGAAUUACUAUUUCUUAUAAACGAAGCUAGCAAGAAGACAGUUUUUGAAACAUCGCCUAUAGACGUGCUUGAUGAUGAAAUGCCCCACAGACUCAAUGGUUUGGGGAAACUGCUGCCACAAAGCAAACCUAUGUGGUCUCAGCCAAACAAUUUAAAAAAACAAGUUCGGCCUGAGACUUUAAACGUGCAAGAAGUUACAUCUAGUUCGAGGCCAAAAGAUCAGUUUUCAACAGAACUUCCAAACGGUGACAAGGAAAAUUCUACACAAUCAGAGCAAAGACCAAAACGGCUUUACAAAAGCGAUUGUAAAGAUAUAUUUGCAAAAGUGGGUUUUUACAACAAAGAUAACUUUAAGACCCUACACAUCAAGACAAACAACUUACUGACUCGUUUCGAGCGUAUAUACCAGGCGGAAGCUUACGCAAAAAAGGCAAAAGCGGAAGGCUUAAAACAACUGCCUGAACGAAACAAAGGUCGUAAAGUGGAUGGUAUUCCAAAGAAGUUUUGUUCCGAUUUGGUUCCCAAGGGUGUUUACGAAUGUUUACCUGAAGGAGAACUCCCGCUUGACUAUGAUACUUUAAGUUGGCUCAGUGGUUUUGUCGAUAUGACUGAAGACAAAAUGAAGAAAGAUGAAGAAUUAGGUCUUUCGGGAUUGAUGGAACACCAAGAAUCUGAAGAAGUGAAAUCUAUAAUGGUGAAUUACAGUGGUACGAAAACUUAUCACUCUUUAAAACCCCAUCCAGCUUUGUCUCAAGAACUUAAAAAUGAGUAUCUUGCUGCAACUGAAGAUACAGAAAGGAUGAAAAAACAAACUUGUGUACCAGAAGUAAGCAAUCUUCUUGUAGUACGUUUCCACUAUGAUAAACCAAAUGGAAUUGAGGUUCGGUUCAAGGACCAAGCGCUUGAUGAUCCCAAAGUAGCGAAGGCGCUUGAACGCUAUAAUAUUCGUCUGUUCGUUCAAAAAGUUGAGGAAAUUGAACAAGAGUCUUUUAAAGAAGCAGAUUUGCACAAGGAAGACUACGAAAACGCUAGCUUUCUAUGCAUUGAAAUUGAGAACAAAAAGACUGAGAAAAACUACAAGCUUGCCUUUCCAGAAGCGUUGCGCUCUGCGUCAUAUUAUUAUGAAAAAGUAGCUACCGGAGCAAUUGCAUAA